AGAGUCGAGGGCAAGAUUUCAGCUGUUGUGUGGUUCCUUGUUUGCUGAAAUCUCGGUAAACAGAGAAGAAGUGGAAGAGUGUAAAAGUCACGAUAAGCUGCUUAGAGCGGGCUGAGAGCUCGUAUAUAUUUCAUUAAAUUAAUACACAUGAGCUGUAAAUACUCAUGUAUUAGUAAUAAUAUCUAAAAAAUGUUUGCGUAGAUCUGCUUCAUCUGCCGAGAACGUUAGCUAGCCGGCUCUCCUGCUAGCUAAUCUUGCGUAUGUGCGGUGUACUGUUGGGCCUCAUUGACGUAUCUUGACCGUGAAAGUUGAAAUGUGGCUCUUUGUAAAAAGUUUCAGUUUGCAUAAAUAACGAGCAGCGGACAGGGGGGAAACAGAAAAGUCAAAGUGGGCCGAUAAAAUAGACUUAGUCAACUUUUAGGCUUUUCUCAGAAGACGAAGCUGCGUAGUUCGUAAGGUUUUUGUUUGUGUAGGCAGGUAAGCUAGCUGUGUAUGAAGAUGAGGCUGAGCGGUGUGCUAGUGUGUGUGUUCCUGCUUUGGGUUGAAGGGUCGUGGGGUGACACACCGGCCAACUGCACCUAUGAGGACCUACUGGGGACAUGGGUGUUCCAGGUGUCCAAAGGAGGACACGACAAGACCAUCAACUGCUCCGCUGAAGCCACAGGUGAGAGCACGGUGACGGUGACCCUGGAGAAACUGUCUGUAGCCACAGACGAGCUGGGGAACACCGGCUUCUUCACCCUCAUCUACAACCAGGGCUUUGAAGUGGUCAUUAACGGAUACAAAUGGUUCGCCUUCUUCAAGUACUCUGAGGAUGGCCCUAAGGUGACCAGCUACUGUGACCAGACCCUGCCAGGGUGGGUCCACGAUGUCCUGGGACACAACUGGGCCUGUUUUGUAGGGAAGAGAGUGAAACCAGUACCAUCCCGAAGAGAUUACAAACCAGUCUUCAGCAGCUGGCUGCUCCAGAAGCCGUACAAACAUAAUCUGGACUUCAUUGAUUCCAUCAACUCGGUUCAGAGAUCCUGGAAGGCUGUGCCCUACCCAGAGCAUGAGAUGUACACUCUGCAGGAGCUGCACUACAGAGCAGGGGGCCCCGCCUCCCGUAUCCCCUUGCGUGUUCGCCCUAUGCCUGUGAAAGCCGAUGUAGCCAAGAUGGCGGCCGCUCUACCUGAGCACUGGGACUGGAGAAACGUUGAUGGAGUUAACUUCGUCAGCCCUGUGCGAAACCAAGCAUCAUGUGGAAGCUGCUACUCCUUUGCCACCAUGGGAAUGCUGGAAGCUCGUGUUCGAAUCCUCACCAACAACAGCCAGACGCCCAUCUUCAGCCCGCAACAAGUGGUCUCCUGUUCUGAAUAUUCUCAAGGUUGUGAUGGUGGGUUCCCAUACCUGAUUGGGAAGUAUGUACAGGAUUUCGGCGUUGUGGACGAGUCGUGCUUUCCAUAUGUUGCGAAGAACUCUCCGUGUGGCGUUCCUCAAAACUGCGGCCGCGUUUACACCGCAGAAUACAACUACAUCGGUGGAUUUUAUGGCGGCUGCAGUGAGAUGGCCAUGAUGUUGGAACUGGUCAAGAAUGGACCCAUGGGAGUGGCCUUUGAGGUCUACCCUGACUUCAUGAACUAUAAGGAGGGCAUCUACCACCACACAGGCCUCGCAGACGCUCUCAAUCCCUUCGAGCUGACCAACCAUGCUGUGCUGUUGGUGGGUUAUGGCCGCUGCCACAUGACCGGACAGAAGUACUGGAUUGUCAAGAACAGCUGGGGCACCGGCUGGGGCGAGGAUGGCUACUUCCGAAUCCGCCGGGGGAGUGAUGAGUGUGCCAUUGAGAGCAUCGCAGUCGCAGCCAACCCUAUCCCCAAACUGUAGAAGCUGUAAACUCAGGAAGGGUGUCUGCAACUUUAGAUUUAUUCCCCAUUAGGGGUGUCACGAUUUCGCUUCUAAAUCGAAAAUCGAUCGAAAUGAGCUUUCGAUUUUGACCUUGGAAAUCAAAAGCAGGAUCGGCGAUUCUCCCAGUAUUUUUAUUUUUUUUUACUCUCCACCCCCCGCAUACUUGCACGUGUCCAAAGGAACAUCUAGUGACUCUUCAUUUUGUUUUUGUGUUUUAACAGUUUGUUACCAAUUAACUGGUGAAAUAUGUUAUUGUUAUUACAUUUUAAAUAAAUUAUUUAAAUUUGACCAUAUGGCCGUAGUGUGGUACAGUCCAAAAAGAAAAUGCCGGUUAUAUCACACUUAUUUUUUUAAAGAAGAAUUUGACAAUGUAAGUGACAGUUGUCAGGGCAUAAAACCAAUGAUCAAUCAAGACUUGAUAGUCUAACAAUGGCAUAGCCGUCAGUGCUGGGGAAAAAAAGUUUAAACCGAAUCGUGUAUUUGGAGAAUCGUGACACCCCUAUUCCCUGUAGCUUAGCUGUUUUCAAUGUGUGCUUGGAAAUUUAAAUCUCAAAUCUAAAAUAGCAUUUGUCUGUCUUUUUUUUUCCCUCCCUAAUCUGACAAGUGGAGUUAGCUGUGACAAGCACUGCAAUGCAUGGAAAUUGCACAACAUUAAGAUUGUCCAGGGAAGCCCUGGCUUAUCCAACCACUGUAGAUGUAGUAAGGAAAUAUGCUUUUUACUGAUGUAAGAUUUUAACUAGAGACACAAAAACUUCUGUUUUAUGGUCAAUUUCUACAAGAAUUGACACGGUUUACAGCACCUAAAAUUGAAUUUGAAUUGUAGGGAAACAGUUAUUCUGCUCUUUAGAUGUGUGUUUUUUUUUUUUUUUUUUUUUUUUCUUGACGUAGUACCAAAGUCUCUCGAGCUGAAUUUACCAUGUCAACCUACCAUGUUCAAGCUGUAACUGCCGAUACAAACUUGGAAUCAAAAUGGAUCGAUACAUACUGUGACAAAUCAUCAUGGGUAGUAAAUUUCUGUGUAACAUUUUAAAGGGAACUAACAACUGAGGAGUCAUGUUUGUGUUUGCUCGUCAGGUGGUGCAGGACCUUGAUUCUUUGCCUCAGGGAAGCACAGUGGAGAACUGUAAUAUCUUCUGUCCUUGCAUCAAAUUGAAACCUGCCAUGUUUCCCUGUGGAGCGUUUUAAAGGGAUUUCUUAAUUAAUAAAGGGAUCUAACUAAUUCUAGUGCCUUUUUAUUCUGCCUCCCAUUCAUUGUAAGCAAGUGUUUCCAUUGUAUUGAGAUUUGCACAGUAUUUUGUUUUGUUGUCUUUUGUAAUUUGACAGAAUAAAAGCAUUUUCAAAUUUA